AUGGCACUUAUGUAUGGGAAAGAAAAGGAUGCUGAGCACGAAAUAGAACAAGCUUCCGACCCCGGCUUCGUCUCUUUCUUCUCCAAGCUACCCAAAAAGUCGCCCGAGACUGGCACUGUGCGCCUGUUUGACCGUGGUGAUUUCUACUCCACCCACGGCUCCGACGCGCUCUUCGUCGCCGCCAAUGUUUUCCGCACCAAUUCCGUCAUCAAGCAUCUUGGCUCGCGGGCUGCGGGAGGCGGUCUGGCCAGCGUCACGCUCAGUCGCACGCUUGCGCAUGCUUUCCUGAGAGAAGCGCUCACAGCAAGGCAGCUCAGGGUAGAGAUAUGGGUGCCUGCGCCUGGGCAGGGAAAGAAGGCGGCCAAGUUCGUGUUAGACAAGGAGGCAUCUCCAGGAAAUCUUCAGCCUGUAGAAGAUUUGCUCUUUGGCAAUACCGACGUGCUCUCUGCGCCGAUUGUCAUGGCUCUCCGACUGUCGACUACACCUGCAGUUGACAAAACGCGGACGAAAGGUGUAGGUAUCGCGUAUGCAGAUACAAGCACUCGAGAACUGGGUGUCGCCGACUUUGUGGAUAAUGAUCUGUUCUCGAACACCGAGUCUCUAAUUAUUCAAUUGUCCGUGAAGGAAGCGCUUAUACCAACGGGCACUAUUUCGGGAAACACAGACCGCGACCUGGACCUCAACAAGCUCAAGGCCGUUUUUGAGCGCUGUGGUGUGAUUGUGACUGAGCGGAAACCGAGUGACUUCACAGGCAAGAACGUGGAAGACCACCUCCAGCGCCUCCUCCCAGCCCCUUCGGCCGACUCAUCCUCGGAUCCACAACAGCUGGAGACACCGCCAGGAGCCAGUGCCGCGCUUGGUGCGCUUAUAAGUUACCUGGGAUUGGCGAGCGACCCUGCAAAUGAAGGGGCGUACAUACUUCGCACGCACGAUCUAGCACGGUAUAUGCGCCUUGAUGCUAGUGCGCUGAGAGCGCUGAACCUGACGGAGGUUCCGGGGAGCGGGGGAAGCAUUAAUAAGAACGCGACGCUUUUGGGUCUGUUGAACAAGUGCAAGACCGCUCAGGGGACGAGGUUGCUCGGAACAUGGCUGAAGCAGCCGCUUGUGAACUUGCAUGAAAUUCGACAGAGGCAGAAUCUGGUUGAAGUAUUCGUUAACGAUGCGAAUGGGCGACGGACUCUACAGGACGAAUACCUUAAGUACAUGCCGGACAUGCACCGUAUAAGCAAGCGCUUCAAGAAGUCGAACGCCUCGCUCGAGGAUGUCGUGCGUGUCUAUCAGGUCACGCUCAAGAUGGCGGGCCUUUUGGAAACCCUGGAAACCCUAGAUAUUGAGGACGACGAGUACAAAGCACUCAUCAAAGAACUUUACCUGGGUCCACUCCAGCAAUUCAAUGAGAACCUGUCCAAGUACGGCGAGAUGGUCGAGCAGACGCUUGAUCUUUCCGAGCUGGACAAUCACAACUAUGCGAUUAGGCCCGAUUAUGACCCACGGCUGCAAGAGCUUGCUGAGAAACUCAUGGAGAUUCGUGACGGUCUCGAUGAGCAGCAUCGUGACGCCGGUAAUGACCUCAGGCUCGAGCUCGACAAGAAGCUGCACCUUGAAAAUUCGCAACAGUAUGGAUACUGCUUCAGACUCACCAAGAACGAUGCGAAGGUGAUGAUGAAGAACAAGAAGUACAUCGAGCUCGGAACGAUCAAGAGCGGCGUGUUCUUCACGACGAAGAAGCUCAAGGAGUUCUCAGGCGACUUUCAGGAGACGACGGCCGAAUAUGGGAGGGCACAGAGUGGGCUCGUGAAAGAGGUUGUUAGCAUUGCUUCGACGUACACGCCUGUGCUGGAGUCGCUGGACAUGGUCCUCGCUCAUUUAGAUGUUAUCACUUCGUUUGCACACGUAUCCAUGAAUGCGCCGGAGCCGUAUGUCAAGCCCAUUGUCAGUGAAAAGGGUGCAAGUGGCCUGGUGUUGAAGGAUGCACGGCACCCUUGCCUUGAGGUGCAAGAUGAUAUCAGCUUUAUUCCCAAUGAUGUGGAGAUGGCCAAAGAUGAGGGCGAGUUCUUGAUCAUUACUGGGCCAAACAUGGGUGGCAAGAGCACGUAUAUCCGUCAGGUUGGAGUCAUCGCUCUGAUGGCGCAAAUCGGGUGUUUUGUCCCGUGCUCUGAGGCAAGGAUGCCCAUCUUUGACUCGAUAUUGUGUCGUGUGGGCGCGGGCGACAACCAGCUCAAGGGUGUGUCGACGUUCAUGGCGGAGAUGCUUGAGACUGCGUCGAUUUUGAGGUCUGCAUCGAAGGAUUCACUAAUCAUUAUUGAUGAACUUGGGCGGGGGACCUCAACAUACGAUGGUUUCGGACUUGCCUGGGCGAUCUCCGAACACAUCGCCUCGGAAAUUCGCGCCUUUUGCAUGUUUGCAACGCAUUUCCACGAGCUUACGGCGCUUGACCAGGAGCUCAAGCACGUGAAGAAUUUGCACGUCGUCGCGCACGUUUCACAGGAAGCGCAGUCGUCAACACAGGACCAGGAUAUCACCCUGUUGUACAAAGUCGAGCCAGGUGUUUCGGACCAGAGUUUUGGUAUUCACGUUGCUCGGCUCGCAAAUUUCCCGGAGAAUGUUGUCAAGCUGGCCAAACGGAAGGCGGAUGAGCUCGAGGAUUUUAAUACCACACGGACAGACCAACAAUUUUCAGAAGAGGUCACGCAACAAGGUGUCGAACUCGUCGAGGAACUUUUACGCAAAUUUGCCUCUUCAUCAAAACAAGAUGGCGAGGAUGUCAUGAUGGAUGAUCCAACGCCUGAAGAACAACUAGAGGAACUCAAGCGAUGCGUUGAGGAAUUCAGACCGCGAAUAGAUGCGAACCCAUGGGUUCAGUCCCUGUUGACCAGUCUCUGAUCUGGUCUCGGGAUGCUUGUCUUUUGCUUUGUUUUCGUAGUGUACACUUUACCCAGUAAUGUGUCUAACUGUUUUGCUUGCU